AUUAAUCUAAUCAGUAACAUUAUGUCAAUAAGAUUAUUAAUUACAAUUAUUAUUAUUUCAUUUAUUUUAUUAUGUGCUAUUCAUCCAUCUAUAUGGUUUAUAAUAAAUAAUCAAUUAUGUUUAAAAGAAAAUUGUCAAUUAUAUCAUCAUUGGUUUAAUUCAUCUAUACCAAUUUAUAUACAAUUUUAUUUUUUUAAUUUAACCAAUCCUUAUGAAUUUCAAAAUGGUGCAAAACCUAAAUUAAAACAAUUAGGACCAUAUACAUAUUAUGUAAAAUAUAAUAAAUACAAUAUAAAACAUCAUUAUAAUAAUUAUACCAUAAAAUAUCAACAAUAUAAACAAUAUUAUUUUAAUUCAAAGUUAUCCAUUGGUAAUGAAACAGAUCAGAUAACACAUGUAAAUUUAGGAUUUGUUGCCAUAGCGACUAAAUUGGAGUCGUUACCAUGGUUAAUUAAUUAUAUGCUUGAAUUAUAUGAAAAAUAUCAUCAUUAUCAAUUGAUACAAAUUAAAACAAUUCAUGAAUUAUUAUGGGGUUAUAAUGAUGAAUUAUUAUUAUUAUUAUCUAAUUAUGGAUUUAAUAUAACCAGAACCAAAAUUGGUUUAUUAUUAAAUGAUAAUAAUAAUAAUAAUACAUUAAUUGAUGAUAUAAUCAUUGAUGAUGGUUUAAAAGAUUCUAAAAAUUUAGGUAAAAUAAUAAAAUAUAAUAAUAAAACAAGUUUAAAUUAUUGGACAACAAUGACAGCGAAUAUGAUGAAUGGUACUGAUGGUACAAUAUAUCAUACUGAUAUAAAGAAACAAGAGAAACCAUAUCUAUUUAUUCAUGAUAUAUGCCGUUCAAUACAAUUGACAAGACACUCAACAAAACAAAUGAAUAAUUUCAAUGUAUUUAAAUAUAUAUUAUCUGAGGAUACAUUUAAAUCUGGUGAAUUCUAUGAUAAGAAUAAAGGAUUUUGUUUAAAUUGGUCAAAUUGUUUUAAAGAUGGUGUAUUAGAUAUGUCAACAUGUCAACCGAAUUCACCAAUUGUUAUAUCACAACCACAUUUUUUAAAUGCUGAUCAAUCUUAUCAAAAUGCUAUUGAUGGUAUACAACCAAAUAAUGAUGAAUAUAAUACAACAAUUUAUAUUGAACCAACUACUGGUCUUAUUAUAAAAGCUCAAAUGAAAUUACAAAUUAAUAUUGUUAUUAAAAAUAAUAAAAAAAUUAAACAAUUAUCUAAUAUUUCUAAUAUUCUAUUACCUUUAGUAUAUUUUAAUGAAUCUGUACAUUUAAAUCAAACAAUAAUUGAUCAAAUCAAUAUGUUACUUAUUCAAUUACCAAUAAUUAUACAAUAUGUUUUAAAAAUUAGUAUCGUAUUCAAUGUUCUAUUGUUAUGUUCAAUUAUAUUUAAAUUAUUUAAACAAAAUAGAUAUCAUUUAAAUGAUCAAAGAAUAAAUGAAGAAAAUCAAUGGUUAUUAAGUCAUCAUUGAAAAGGUGUCAAGGAAACAUUUAUAUAUACCUAUUUCAUGUAAAUACUAUAAGCCAUAUGAUAAAUCAGAACUCAUUAAUUGUUCUAUUGUAUUGUUUUUUUUUCAAUGUUUUCAAUAUUUUUAAUAUCAUAAAUGAUAGUAAAUAAA